UUGCAUAUUUCCAACAUCCGAAGUUGACAAUUUGUCACCUGUGGGUCAAACGUAUAGUGUUUCAAAGUUCAAAAGGUCACUACAAUGUUCGCAGACACGGAGAAACCCGCAAAGUGCAAACCGAUCGAUGAGAUCUGACAUCGAUGUUUGCGGCUGAACAGCGAUGCUGGAUUUGUUUUGAAUUGACAUUUUCUAUCCAAUAGAUUGGUUUUCUUUGUGUGUGUGUGUGUGUGUUUUUUUUUUUUUUAACGAUGUUAGUACCCCGGUCAUUUCAAGUUGAAAUUAUGGAAGAAAGUACCCAACCCAGAAAAAGUGGCACUUUCUUCCAUUUAAAAAAAAAAAAAAAUUCGUGACGUAACGUGUAAUUUCUUCAAAGCUGAACGGCAACUUACUUGGAUGACUCCGAAAAAAAAAAAACGUCAUACAAAAUCUAUUUUGCCAAUUAUGACGAGUUGCUUUUGGACAAGCCCAACAAGCUCCUUGAUAUUUGUGUUUGUGUGAUUCACACAAUGUGAACGUCACGCGUCGCGACGAGCGGGUGGUGGCCGCGGCCGGCCGGCCCGCCCGACCAUUCGCCCGACCGUUCGCCCGACCGUUCGCUACGACGACUGGGAGAAGACUCAACAACCGUGUUAGUAUGACUUCCGCCAGGAGAGUGUCCAAGGAGCUGGAGGAAAUCCGCAAAUCGGGCUUCCGAGAAUUCCGCGACAUCCAAGUGGACGAAUCCAACCUUUUAAGCUGGCAGGGUCUCAUCGUGCCUGAAAGCCCCCCUUACGACAAAGGAGCCUUUCGGGUGGAGAUUAACUUCCCGACCGAGUACCCCUUCAAGCCCCCCAGGAUCACCUUCAGGACCAAAAUCUACCAUCCCAACGUGGACGAGAAGGGUCACGUGUGCUUGGCCAUAAUCAGCCUGGAGAACUGGAAGCCCGCCACCAGGACCUCCCAAGUCAUCCAGUGUCUGAUCUCGCUGGUCAACGCGCCGCAGCCCGAACGUCCCCUGCGGGCCGAGCUGGCCAACGAGUACAGGGAAGACCGGGCGCAGUUCAUGAGGAACGCCGAGGAGUUCACCAGGAAGCACGGCGAGACCCGACCCGAGGACUGACUGCCGGAAACCUCCCCCCUCUCGUGGCUUUUCUGCCCCGACUCGGCGGGGCCGCGGCCGUGCGUGGUGUGCCGACGACGGUGUCCAAAACUGUUUUUGGCAAAACAUGCCGAUCCCUGCCUAUGCCGAUUCUUGUUUUUCUGAAACCUGCCUAGAAACAAGUAAUUAUACAAAUGUGAGUGAGACUUUGUUGAGCAUCAAUGAUUGUGUCCCACAAAUUCUGCCUCGCAACUAGUGACUCGUCCAUAGUGUGACUUUUUUCAAUUUGCCCAAGUAACGUUACCAUUGUUAGCGUGAAUGAGUGUGUCCCACAAAUUAUUUUCCCAUUGUGUGGGAAUGAAUGAUCCCACAU